UUGUGCGUGUGUGUGUGUAAUAUGUAUGAGGGCCAUCUAUAUUUACAACAGAUUAACACUCAUCCCCAUGCCCUCCCCAUGCACAUCCAGACACUAGGCAGACAGGGUCAGUUAGCACCUUCAUUGUGAGUUUGGAGAUAUGUUUGUUCUGGCAGCCACACAGUACCGUACCUGUAGCUUCGUUCCAUGACAAAGAAGAUGUUCCCCUGGUCGUCUGUGUUCUCCAUGGAGCAGCUGGUCCCUGACCGGCACCCCCCGGAGGAGAUGGUGACGCGGACGCUCAUGCAGGAGCUGGCGGCGCUGCUCAAGCACACCGAGAGGCUGCAGCAGGACCGGGCCGUGGCGCAGCGCCGACGCAGCUCCUGCGUGGACUACACCUGGCUGGCCACCCCGCGGAGGCCGUCCUACCAGCUCCCCACCAGCGAGUCCCUGGAGCUGGAGGAGCUUUGUGCCAGGAUCCCUCCUUCCCAGUGUGGACCUGUCAUUCUGAGGGUGCGAAAUCUGGUGACUGAGUUUGAGCCGGAGGUGGGUGAAGUCUCACACCUCUUCCGCUCAGUGCUGUGCGCCUGCCUGGACGAGGAGGAGGAGGAGGAAGAUGGCGGAAAGGAGGGGCUCAGCUUGAGGGAGCUAGCCCAGCGCUGGAGAAAGAGGCGCAGCAGGAGCAUGUCCCUCAUCAACCUGCACUCCUGCCUCCGCAUCCACCCGCUCUGGAACCCCAGAACCAGGGACGACGGAGUGGACGAGGGAGUGGAGGACGGAGGAGGAGGCGCAGGGAGGUCCCUGAGAGCAAGGAGUUUGCCUCAGAUCAAUAUAGAGGAGCACAGGGCACCACCUUAA